AAUCAUCCCGAAAAAAUACAAACCUAUUCGAGUCAGAUUGUCAUUAAAGAUGGGGGACCGUGACUUCCCGACCGUACCUGUUACAACAUUAUCCGGCUUAACCAGCACUUCUGAUUUGCUGAGCGAGUUGCCUGUGUCGGAUUCGCUUCAUAGUGCAGCAUCUUUAAAUAAGUCUCUACUGUUCCAUGCAUUAGUGGCCAAUGAAUCGAACCAUUUACUUUCUGUCCGUGAUGAAAAUCUAGUGCGUCAAUUAGUAAAUGCAAUUGAAAGAACGAACUCUGACCAUAUAGAGGUAAAAUCAAUAUAUACUAUUGAAGAACCAGGAGCUACCACUAGUACUUAUCCUGAGCUACUCCAGGGAAUUUAUAAUUUUCGUCCAGGGGUUUUUAACACUUCAUUUAAGAUAAUCUGCCCCGACCAACAUACUGCAAAGGCUCGAUUCGAUGAAAAUAAAAUUCAGUUUGAUUCCUACUUAAUACCGAAAGUUUGUACAUCAACUAACUUAUCAACUUUAAGAGAAGAUCUAUUGCAGAAUCAACACUCGCCGUCACGCAGUGAUCAGUUUACCAGUAUGGCUUCUGAAGAAAAGUCAGAAGAAUUUUUACAAGGAAAUAUUAAGGAUACGCCAAUCGAAAAAAGCAAAAAUAACAAAGACAUCACUAAGAACUUUGAUCAAAAUAUGAUUACAAUAUCAGAAACAAAUACGUCAAGAAAUAAUUCAAUAAUUGAAAAACAGUACGUCAGAAGCCCAAAAGAAUUCAGUUACGGCUCAAAACACGUUUUAAACCAAACACCAACUGACGUUCACCAAUCCAUUCAAAAUAUUUCAGAAUCAGUAAAUAUAACUGCAAUAACCCAAUUACAGAAACCUUCAAAACAUUAUAUUACAAAAAAAUCACCAAAGCAAAAAAAUAACGUUUCUUAUUCAAACGCGCAACAAUUGCAAGAAGGUAUAGACUCCUUUGCAAUCAAUAAAUGUACCCUUGAACAUCAACAAAACCAUAUUGCAUCAACAACUACAUCGUCAUCUACUUCAUCAAGUGGCAAGUCUCAGGUUCGGUCACCAGAACUGGCUAGAACUAUGGGGUUACUUCAAGAAUCGUCUCAAAUACAACAUGAAAACUUUAAUGCGCUGCCUAUAUGUGCUGAAUCUGUAACAGUGAGUGAAGCUGGUAGAACAACUUCUAAUACAGUGAACAUACCAAUCGACACGUUUUCAACUAUAAAAGCCGAUGAGAAACGAAUUUCAGCGAAACGAAAAUUGGCGAUAUCAAUUGGUGACAUUCCACCCGAUCAAAUAUUUUCUCAACCUAAAAUGCGUCGGGUCGAAAGAAUAUUUCCCUUAUCGAAUACAAAAUGUUUAAAGGAUGAAGUAACUCGUUCGCAAACCUAUCAACAAUUUUUGCGCAAUAUGGAUCAAAUAAUUGAAAUAUUAGAUGAUAGUGAAUCUCCUAAUUUUGAAUCAGAAGAUGUCGACGAAAACAUUGAGUGUAUUUCACCAAAACUGCUGAACACAAUGAGCAUUGAUGUUGCCAAGUUAAAAGCUAAGCACGCUUUAGACUCCAUACCGAAAAACAAAUUGACCCUGCUUAUUAAUUACGCAAUGCGCAACGUUUACUUAGCCAGGAAUUAUUUUGCUGGACCGGAGGACGAAGAGGAAAUUGUAGACGAUGAAGUGAUUGAAAAAUUACUUAACGCAGUUGAUGCUUGCUUGUUGAUAUGUAACAUUUAUUCUACAGUAAGCGAUCUUAAGUUUUUACAAGAGGAUAAUAUAUCACACAUUAUAAAGUUUACACAAUUUCAACUACGUGAAACAAUAUUUCCUCUUCAUGAUCCGGUUUACACUGUAAAAAGUAUGAAGAAAACAAUUCAUCGUAAAAAAAUAAAGUCACAUCAAAAUCACAGUAGAAGUCUGCAGCUAUUCUACUCAAAAACUGUUGAGCUAUUAAAGGUUUUUGUAACACUUUUUGAUAAAUGUGUCUUUGUUGAUACAAUAGUUCUACCAUUGUCGACGUUGGCUAUUGAACCGUUCUUUGUUGACAACAUAGAGACGCUGCAAUUUGUAUGUUUGGAACUCGUAACCACAAUUUUUCGCAAGGAAAGGUACGAUAAAAUCAGGAACAGCAUUCUGGGAGACAUUUUGACAUCGAUCGACCGCUUACCUUCAUCAAAAAAAAACCUACGCCCAUAUAAACUAACAAAUAAUGGGGGAACUAUUCAAAUGGUUACAGCACUUGUUCUACAACUAAUUCAAUGCGCAACUAUUUUGCCAGAUUCACUUUGUGAUACCGGAAAACUAUGUACUAAGACUCAAUUGAAUGUUGCAGAUGACGAAAACCUCCCCAGCGGAGCUACAAAAACUGUUCAGCCAGAUCAGGAUAUAAUUGUUUUACAAAAGUAUGAUGUCGCUAUCAGUAUAGGUGGAAACUUCUUAACAACGUUUUUAAAUAAAUGCAAAUCACGGUCUAAUGAAAUUGAUUUCCGACCACUUUUUGAAAAUUUUAUUCAUGAUUUACUGGCUACCGUUAACAGACCCGAAUGGCCUGCAUCUGAAUUGUUACUUUCGCUGUUGGGAACUAUGCUGGUUCGCUAUGUGUCUGACAAGGGCAUAGAACAGAGCAUUCGCUUAGUUUCAUUGGAUUACCUGGGCAUUGUAGCUGCUCGAUUGCGUAAGGAUACUGUUGAAUCUCGGUGUAAGGUUAACAUAAUUGAUUCAAUGAUAAAAUCAAUAAAAGUAGAACAAGAAAAGGAGGGUGACUUAAAUGCAAAUAAUGCUCAAUUUGAACUACAACCCGAGGAGCAGCGAAUCGAGUUUCUACAAAAAAUACUUUUGGAUUUCCUAGCUGUAAAUGCUCAAGAAGAAAAUUUAAUCUGGGACUAUGCUCGGCACUUUUAUUUGGUACAGUGGUAUCGAGAUGUAAUUUAUCAAAGACGUCGGAUAAGGGAUGAUGGAAAAGGACUGCCUUUGAGAAAGUCUAAAUGUCGGACUAAACAUAAGACUGGUGGUGAAUAUUUGGAUACAUCCGAUUCUGGAUCGUGCGAAGAAAUAGACAUCGAAGAAUCGCAAAAAAAUGGAAAUCCGUCUAUUGUCGAUAUUGAUUUUGAGCUUAAUCUUGAAAUAUUUAACACAUUGGAGGCAAGAAAGCUAUAUUUAAUCAAUAAAAUUAAGCCAUUUUCAGUUUCUGGAGAGCAUACUCACACAUCAAAUCAGCAUAUAAAAACAUACAUAGAUUAUAACAACGCACAACUGAUAGCGCAGUAUCUGGCCACCAAACGGCCUUUCAGUCAGUCAUUCGAUGGAUGCUUAAAAAAAAUUAUUUUAGUAGUUAAUGAACCGUCCAUUGCAGUAAGAACACGUGCAAUGAAAUGCCUUGCAAACAUUGUGGAAGUCGAUCCAUUGGUACUGAAACGAAAAGACAUGCAAAUGGGUGUUAAUCAAAAAUUCCUAGAUACAGCUAUUUCAGUACGAGAAGCUGCGGUAGAUUUGGUUGGAAAAUUUGUGCUUAGUAAUCAAGAAUUAAUCGAUCAAUAUUAUGAUAUGCUGUCGACUCGAAUAUUGGAUACUGGGGUAUCCGUGCGAAAAAGAGUCAUAAAAAUUUUAAGAGAUAUCUGUAUAGAAUAUCCAGAUUUUGCGAAAAUUCCCGAAAUUUGCGUUAAAAUGAUACGACGUGUCAAUGACGAAGAAGGCAUUCAAAAACUUGUUACUGAAGUUUUUAUGAAAAUGUGGUUUACACCAUGUAUAAAAAACGACAAACUUGGCAUACAGCGGAAAAUCAAUCAAAUAAUUGACGUGGUAAACUCUGCUCAUGAUACUGGAACCACUUGGCUGGAAGGUCUUCUUAUGAGUAUCUUCAAACCAAAGGACACCAUGUUAAAGUCUGAUGGAUGUGUACAAGAACCAAUAAGGAAAAAUACGGAGCCCCCACAGGAAAUCGUGGUAGCUUGUCAACAAUUAGCUGACGGUCUAAUUGACAGGCUGAUUGAAUUAGAGGGCACUGAUAAUGCGCGAAUGUUGGGUUGUAUUACCACACUGCAUUUGCUAGCUAAAGUGCGGCCGCAACUGCUAAUUAGACAUGCUAUGACAAUAGAGCCCUAUCUUAAUAUAAAAUGUCAUUCUGCCACAGCUGCUAAAUUCAUAUGUGCUGUUGCGGAUAUUCUCGAAAAAGUAGUCCCUCUGGUUAACAAUGCCAGUGAAUCUUUUUUGGCAACGUUGGAAGAGCACUUAAUGUUGCUAGUUGUUUCACGAAACCAAGCCGAAGUAACUAGUUGUGUUUCUUGUUUAGGCGCACUAGUCAAUAGGAUUACUCACAACUUCAAACUGAUUCGUGACUGUUUUCAAAAGUUUUAUCGAGUGCUUGAUGUUUCUCGAAAUCAAGUUAUACAAAAAAACUGCAGUGUAGAUCAUAUUUACACCCCCAGCUUUCGAAGAAGUUUGUUUACGAUCGGAAUAUUAAUGCGCUAUUUUGAUUUUAAGUCUCCCAUUGCAUUAGGUGAGACAAAUGGUGGACUUCCAAUUUCGAUAUGUGAUGAUGUAUUCGAUUGUUUGAUGUUCUUCUGUAGUUGUGGAAAUCAAGAAAUUCGAAAGCAAGCACUUAUUUCGCUUGGAUCUUUCUGCGUUUUAAACGAUGACUAUCUUACCAGAUCCGAGCUUAAAAAAUUGUAUUGUGAUAUUUUAAGCUCAAUCGCAAACGACGCCGGGUUCAAAAUAAUCUGCAUGCGUAAUAUUUGGAUUUAUUUAACGGAAUCUGAAAUGUUUAUGCACAAUAAGGAAAAAGAAUGGGAAAAACAAUCAAAGCACGAGGAUCUUAAGGAAAUGAACGACGUUUCCUCUGGCAUGGCAAGUCGAAUAAUUCAACUUUAUCUGGAAGAAAUUCUUGAAUGCUUUUUAAAUCGGGAUGAAACAGUUCGAUUGUGGGCUGUUAAAGUAAUACAGAUUGUUCUUCGUCAAGGAUUAGUUCAUCCAGUUAGAAUGGUUCCGUAUUUAAUAUGCUUAAGUACUGAUCCUAAGGUCGAGUCCGCCCAUAGAGCUGAUGCUUUAUUAAAAGAUAUCGAUAAAACAUAUUCUGGAUUUGUAAAUAUGAAAGUGCAGUUUGGGUUACAACUUUGCUUUAAGCUACAAAAAGUUUUACAAAUAAACAACAGAGGAAAACUGGAAAUUAUAAGAGGUUAUGGGAAUCGAGGACCAGAUCAUAUGAUAACCGCUUUAAAUGACUUUCUUUAUUCCCUGCUUCGUACAACAAAGCCACAAAGGCGUGCCUUAGUGCAAACAGUAACAAAACAGUUUGAUGAUCAGAAAACAUCAUUACAACAAAUGUUGUAUAUAGCCGAUAAUUUGGCUUACUUCCCAUAUGUAGUUCAAGAUGAGCCAUUAUAUCUGAUACACCAAAUAGAUCUACUAAUCUCAAUGGCUGGAACACAUUUACUCGCUACGUUUAAAGAACAUUUGAAACCAAUUGAGAAAGAAAGAGAUGUAUUAGAAGAUGAUGAUGACGUAGAAGAUCCACAGGUUCUGUUCAAUCGAUUGCCCGAAGAUAUGACAGAAAUAAAAAAAUGUAUAACAUCAGCACAAGCGUGUAUGCUGCUUCUAAUAUUAAAAGAUCAUUUAAAGGACAUGUACGGUAUAACUGAUAGUAAAAUUUCAAGGUAUUCACCAUCCGAACCAAAAUUAUAUGAAAAAGCUGUUACACGUAGAAGCGUUACUGACUUUAAUCCGAAAACAACUAUUGAUGUUAUCAAAAAACAGAUGUCGCAACAGAAGUUGAGCACAGACAUCCAUUUUCCGUUUACGAACGAAGAGAAACUGGACCUAGUUGCUAAGUACCUUGAUUUUAAGCAACUUAUGUUAAAACUUGAUCCAGAAGAUGCGGACUCAGAUCCUGAUGAAUUGCGCGACAAAUCAACUUUAAAUAAUUCGAAUGAUGGUAUAGUAUAUACUAAUUCCAUGAAAAAUUCCUACACCGCCAGUGAUGGAUGCUCUUUUACCUCUUCUGUGACUAUUGACAAUAUGCAAACUUCAAUAUUACCUGCAACUUCUGGAAACGAUGCGCGUGAUAUAUCAAUAGCUCAUAUCGUUAAAUCCACCGUUUCACCUUCAAAGUCAAGUGGCCGCAAAUACAAUCAAGUUCGAAGUAAAAAAAAAAGAAAAAAAAUUGAGUCAUCAGAUGAUGAAAACAGUGAUGCAGAUUAUGCGUAAGCAGGGAAAAAUUAUCUUUGUCAUUUAAGAAUAUUUUGUAUAACUAAAAAAUUUAUUUUGGAACACAUGUUACAGUUAAAACUUAAUUUUUUUAAAGAAAACUCAAUUCAAUUAAAAAUAUUAAUAAAUACAAUACCAUAAACAAACACAUUAUCUAAAAGCAAAUAUAUGUAAUAUAGUAAU